AUGGAUUUUUGCGAGUUGUUGAAGGAGAAUUUGGGUGGGUUUGGCCAAAGACUACAUGAUCUUGACAUUCCCAGUGAACUGAAGUUCUUUGGGGAGGAAUUGGACGCUGAGCAGGUGAGAUUUUGAUCAUUUUUGUUCUUGAUUUUUAGACCACUUGAUGAAGGAGAAGGUUUUGAUGAAAGCCACCGGAAAUAGGAAAUUCUCUUGCUGUUUUUGGAUAAAAUAUAUCGAAUAGAACUCCCUCUUGCUUAUACGAAGGGUUUCUAGGUUUGUUUUUGAAGGCUUGUCGGGAUUUUGAACGAUUUCCUUAUCUUAGACACCUUUUUUGAUGGGUCUCGGAAAAAUUUCCAAAAUAAAUGUCAGAUCUCUUUCAAAUUGUAAAAUAUGGUAGUGAAAUGGAGAAUACAGUCUUCUGAAUAUUAUUUUCCAGCUAAUCUCCCAGUUUUGCCAAGAAGUUACCCGAUAUUUGUCCAUCUUCCAUGAGCACCUAUGUGAUCUGAUCCUAAAGUCGACAGCUGAAAUUCAGCGACUCCCUGACUACAAAGUCUUUCUUUUCAAGGCGUAUAAUGACUUUUGCUCUGCGAUCGAGACAAUACGAUGCGUUUUAAUCAAGGAGGCAGCCGAUCGGAGCUAUCUUCUCCUUCACAUUAGCAUCUACAUGAGGAAAUUGGCGGACUUCUUGGCCGAUUAUUGUUGGACAAAAGCUCCGUUGAAGAGUUUAGGGAGUUACGGGAGCGCGGUGAGUAUUUUUGGUUGCAUUUUAUAUUGUUUUAGAUAAAAUUUUACUUUAUUUUACCUUUCAGAUCAAAUAUCACGUGCUUUUGCGGGUUUGGAUGCUAAUUAUCGAGGUGAUUCAGAUUUUUGGGGCAUUUGGAUCCGACGAUGAGAUCGAGAAGGUCUGUCAGAUCGAUCAUCGAGCUCCAUUUCAUGCGCUAAGCGGGCUUUUCGCCGCAUUUUUGGCACAGUUCGCCCCUUCUCAUGGUGUAAGUUUUUUUGGAAUUUCCAUUGUUUUUCGACUUUUAGAAGGCUUCAUUUCCCUGCGAAUGCACUCGAAAAGCGUGGAGUAGACUGGCCAAUCUGAACGACCACUUGUUCAUCGACGAUCUUCUCCUCGACUUGAUGGAUUCCUAUUCGGGCGAGAUGUGUUUCCCCCAAAGCCUGGAUUUGCCCAUGGUUCAGAGCUUUUUGGAUACGAAAAGCGAGAUUGUGUCGAGGACAUUGACCGCGGUUAUCUGCGAAGUUGUGCCCAAGGAAUAUUUUACGGCCUACGAUCCGAAUGUGCCGGUGGAACAGAGAGUGCGACUGUUUGUAAAGGUGAGAAAGAGGUUGGGAAAUGAAUUUGACGAUGGGUUGAGGCUAAAAUACGGGUAUUUUAUUUAUUUAUUUUUUGAAAUUUUAUUUCAUUUUACAGAAAAAAUUAAAAAUUUUUACCCAAAUAAAUGGAUCGAAAAUUCCACUGUGAACGGUUAAAAUUGACAAGCAUGGUAAUGUACUCCGUAUUUUACCCAAAAAUUUUCAAAAAAAAUUUUUUAUUUUUUUUUAUUGCACUGUGCAGACCAAACAAUCGAAAAAAAUCAUCCCCAAAAUUUGUCAAAGAUCCCACUGAUAACUCAAAAAUCGACCGGUCGAUAAUAAAAUCCCGUUUUUUCUCACCUAAAAUGCCCUUCGGCUGUUCCCCAGCCCCUGCACCAAAGAUCACCCCGAGUUCCGAAUGCCUUCCCGGCCGUGGGGGUAUAGCUCAGGGGUAGAGCGCUCGCUUAGCAUGCGAGAGGGCUGGGGUUCAAUUCCCCAUACCUCCAGAAAACUUUUUGGGGGUUUUUGGCGGGAAAUUUGGAUUUUUUGGAUUGGAAAUGGUUCGGAAACUUUAGUAGGGAUACCAGAAUGUUGUUUUAGGUUCUUUUUACAUUUAGUUUGUCGUUAAAUAAGUCGAAAAUGACUUGUUUUGAAACUUUUUGAUUAUUUUUGAAAUUUUUAAAUUAUGAUUUCAUAAUUUUUUUCACAUUAUAUUGAUUUCCAGGCCUUCUCCCAUCUUAUUGAAAUGAUCAAGAAGAAGAACGAGACAAACGAAGACUUUGAAUCGACCGAAUUGUUCAUCGGAUGGGCUUUGUUUUCGUGGCAUCGAAUGCUAACUCAAUAUUCUGAAGAUGAAUUUAAAAUUGAUGCUCAUGUCAUCCUUGAAGCAUUAUUCAACGAGUUAACGCAUGAUAUGGGCACUGAUGCCAUUGUUAUGGAUGUGGUGAGAUUUUUAAAAUUUUUGAAAUUUGUUGAUUUUUUGUGUUUCUCUCUGAAAUAAAAGAGUUUUAGGGAAAAAUAGGAAAUGCUUUGUGGUUUUGCAUGCUGUAAGGGCUUUUUAACACUAAUUCCAUAUUAAUUUAGACAUUUUUUCAAAAAAAAUUUUUCUUUUUUUUUUGAUUUUUUUCUACCUAAAAUCAUUUUAGGACCCCAUCCCCAGCAGUUUUUUGGAAUUCCCGGAGUAUUUCAAUAAUUUAUCAUACACCUAUAGCAUACACGACAAUUUCGUUCGAUAUAAAUGGCAAAUUUUCGUAAAAAUCUCGAUUAUUUUGUUCAAAAGUGAGUUUAAUUUCGAUUUUUUUUAUUCUCAUACGUGAUUCUGAACGAUUUUUACCAAUUUUUAGAUUCAAUGGUGUGGACGGACUCGCAAUCUUUUAUUUUUCAUAAGUUUACACCACUGUAUUUGACCCGGAAAAUCGAUGACGUCAGCGCGUCAAGGAUGUUUUCCCUCUGGCUAUGUCAUGCGAAAUGCACUGGUAAGUGUGGAGAAGGGCUGUAGAGAAGUUUGGAACGUAUUGGGGAAGGUAGAAGGAAGUUAUAAACAAUUUGAAAAUCCUCGGAUGACCUAAAAUAAGGUCGAUUUUUUUUAGUUAAAACUUGAAGAAGAAGUGAAUAUUUUUUGUGUGGCAUGGUGACUAGAGGUAUAAUAAAUUAUGGACGUAUUUUAAAAUUGAUUUUUUCAGAGUAGAAAUUAGUUAUGAGUCAUUUAAAAGUAGUUGUUUGACCUAAAAUAAGGUCAAUUUUUGACUCGAAAAUUCUAGUCGAAAGUCCAAAAUUUUGAUGCUGUAAGACAACUCAAUCAAUAAGAUAUUCUCAAGACGUAUUUUGAAAUUGACUUUUUGAAGUAGAAAUGAGUUAUAACCGUUUAAAAUUGGUCUAUUCGACCUAAAAUAAGGUCAAUUUUUGACCUUAAAAAUUUAUAUGAAAGUCCAAAGUUGUGAUACAGUAAGGUAACUGAAUGAGUAAAAUGUCCCUAUAGCGUAUUUUAAAAUUGAUUUUUUUAGAGUAGCAAUGAGUUAUAGCCGGUUUAAAAUUGGUCUAUACGACCUAAAAUAAGGUCAAUUUUUGACCCAAAAAUAUACGGCGCAAGCCCGAAGUUUUAAUGCAAUGAGACAACUGAAUGAAUAAAGUGUCCCUAUAGCGUAUUUUAAAAUUGAUUUUUUAGGCCAGAAAUGACUUAUGAAUCAUUUAAAAGUAGUUGUUUGACCUAAAAUAAGGUCAAUUUUUGACCCAAAACGUCUAAUUGAAAGUCCAAAGUUUUGAUGUAUUAAGGUAAUUGAAUAAAUACACCGUCCGUAUAGCGUAUUUUAAAAUUGACUUUUUACGGCAGAAAUGACUUAUAACAGUUUAAAAUUGGUCUAUUCGACCUAAAAUAAGGUCGUUUUUGACCCCAAGAAUUUAUGUGGAAGUCCAAAGUUUUGAUGUUGUAAGCUAACUGAAUGAAUACACCGUCCGUAUAACGUAUUUUAAAAUUGAUUUUUUUACAGCAGAAAUGACCUAUAGCAGUUUAAAAUUGGUCUAUUCGACCUAAAAUAAGGUCAGUUUUUGACCCGAAAAAUUUACGUGGAAGUCCGAAGUUUUGAUGUAGUAAGCUAAUUGCAUGAAUAAAAUGUCCCUAUAGCGUAUUUUAAAAUUGAUUUUGUACAGCAGAAAUGACUUAUAACCGUUUAAAAUUGGUCGAUUCGACCUAAAAUAAGGUCCCAUUUCGUCCCAAAAACUUUGAUUGUAUCUGACAAAUUAUGGUAUAAAAUGAAAGAUAGAUUAGUGAAAAGUGAAUACAAACCAUUUUCAGAUUACGAAUUUGUCUCGCAGUUUGUACAAAAGGCGGAUCAAAUGGCCACCCAUGGCUCAGCUCACAAGCAGCAACUCUACCUGAAUUCGUUGAUCUAUCUGUUCAUCCUUGGCCAGGAACAAGGAAAAGAGAUGGCAAAUCGGACACUGCGAAAGGUUUUGGAUUGUAAGAGGCAUAAGUUUGAUUUUGGACCUAUUUUUGGGGAAAUUUUGGCGAAAAUCUUGAUUUUUGAAGAUUUUUUCUGAUUUUCGACCAAAAAGUGAUGGCAAAUGGGAUUUAAAUUAAAUUUUAUAGAUCCUAUGUUGUAUUCAGAGGUGUUUACAAUUGUUUGGCAAAAAACUUUUUUUUUUUUUUUUGAUAUGAAUUUUAUCGAUUUUUCCCCCAAAAAUCUCAACUUUCCGAUUUUUUUUUUUUAGUUUUUUCAACGUUUUUCCGAAUUUUUUCCAUUUUUUCCUCGAAAAAUUCAAUUCCAGUACUCAAAACCUCCGUCCAAUCCCGCCCCACGUUCCGCGCCGCCCUCAUGGACCUCCUCGUCCACGCCGCCACCGAUUUGAACGACCAAAACGGUCGGGAAAUCUUCCAAAUGGCCGAUCAGAACGCGAAAUUUUUCACGGAUUCGGAUAUCGAAAAGCUGAUCGAGAAACUGAAAAACGCGAGUAAAUGCCCGAAUUUCCUGAUAAAUGAAGUCAAAAAACGAUGGACUCCGAGCGGGGAACGCGCUGAAGUUUCAUUGGAAUUUAUGCUGACUCAGGUAAAUUGUUUUGAGCGUUGAAAAAAUUAAUAAAAUUAUCGACUGGUCGAUAAUUUGACGAAAUUUUUUUUCCAUUUUGCCUCCGGCGAUCUGCUAGUAUCGCCAUAAAAAAUUUGCAGCGUGACUUGUGAAAUUUAAAAAUCGACCGGUCGAUAAUAAAAUCCUGUUUUUUGUGUACUGAAAUUCCCUACGCCCAUUCCCCAGCCCCUGCAUCAAAGAUCACCCCGAGUUCCGAAUGCCUUUCCGGCCGUGGGGGUAUAGCUCAGGGGUAGAGCGCUCGCUUAGCAUGCGAGAGGGCUGGGGUUCAAUUCCCCAUACCUCCAGAAAACUUUUUGCGGUUUUUAGCGGGGAAAUUGGGAUUUUUUGUGUUGGAAAUGAUUCGAAAAUUGUAGUAGGAACAUCAGAAAAUUGUUUUAGAUUAUUUUUACAUUUGAUUUUGAGUGGUAAAAUGAAAAUGUUUUGAUUUUUUCCCCAAUUUUUUGUGAUUUGAAGGAUCUUUCGGUUAAAGUGUUUUUGGUAGUUUAUUUUUGCUUUAUUUUAAUAUUUCACGAUGGCUAAUCGCUUCGACAGAGAUUUUCAACGCUUUUUUACAUUGAUUCAUCAAAAAUUUCUUGAUUUUUAGAUAAAAAAUGAGCAAAAUCCGGCGAUCCGCACAAGAAAGCUGGACCAGCUCCUGAACGAAGCCACAAACGGCAUCAGAAUCUACCCAAUGACACACACUACACGCAUAUUAAAGUUUGAAUUCGAUGAGAUGAAGCGAAAUAAUAUUAUCGAUCAAAUCCCCAAAUCGCAGCUCAUAAAAUCGUAUUUUUUGGUGAUAAUGGAGAAUAAAAGCGAUCAAGGUGAGUGAAAUUGUGUUUUUUAGACAGUACAGAGCAUGAGAGUAAUUUUUGGCUAAAAUUUUGACAAUAAUUUGAAAAAUUUUGAGAUUUUUUUUUUCAGAAUUGGAUGAGAUGAUCGUCGAGUAUUUUGGCCAAUUUUCAGCCAGAUUUGGAGUGAAUAUCAGGGAGAUUGAGGGGAUUGGGGUCGAAUUUGAUGCAUUUCACAAGAUUCUCAAGGUGAGAUUGAUUUUUAUAACGAUUUUUCGAGAGAAAUUUGAUAUUUUUUUUGAGAUUUUUGGAGAUUUUUUUUAUUUUUGAGAAAAAUACGUUGGUAAAUUUUCGGUGUUUCAUAUGUAAUAUUAUUUCUGAAGGAGUAGUGGUAUCUAAGGAUACUAUUUCAAAUUUUGAUGUUUAGUUUUUCGACGAUUUUUUGAGGGAAAUUUGAAAAUUUUUCAAGUUUUUUGUAUUUUUUUGCGAUUUUGUUGAAGUUUGGUGGUAAAAAAGCAAGAAUUUUUAGGAAUUUGCCACUUAUAUUUACUAUGCCGACUGUACAGAGUAAAAAUCCAAAAAAUUUUUUAGGCAUUACAUCUUAUCCAUGACCAGCAGCCGGCUUGGGCCGAAAAAAGAAUCGACGAGAUUUGGCCCAUUCAGUUUGUCCAACAAAUAAUGAAAAUCCAGCGACAAAAAUCGGACGUCAACAGUAAUCUCCUGCGGAUUUUUGGACUUCUUAUGGCCGAGAUUGGCCACAUUUUGGCCAAGAAAUUGGAGCAAAAACCAAUGGGAUUAUCUUCGAUUCCGAUCUACGCAAUGGUCGAUUUUGCCGUGAAAAUUGUAAGGAGGUUAUUUUCAAGGGCUUGGGGUUUUUUGAGGCGACUUUAUCGACCGGUCGAACCGAUUUUUUGACGGAAAAAUUGAGACUUUUUGAGGGCUUUUAACAAGAUGAAAAAGUUUUGGAAAAGUAAAAAUUCAGGGCUAAAUGCCCUCAGGGAAUAUUCGAAAUUUCUUUGGAAGCCCUGAAAGUUUGUUUUAUUGCCUGAAAUUUCGAUUUUUAUGGGAAAAUUGAGACAUUUUGAGGUUUUUUGAGAAAAAAGUCAAAAUUUUUUGGAAAAAUUUAAAAAUUUUUGUUGUUUUUUGUUGUAAAUUCCCUAAGGGCAGGCUUGAAAUAUUUUGAAGGCAUCGUAAAUUAGACUGGCGAUAUUUUCAGCUCGAAUCCUUCCCAUCAGCAGCUCCACCGGACCCACAAAUCGCCCUGAAUCUCCUCGAAUCCUACCUGAGAAUACCCCAAAUAACAUCGCUCCUCCCCCCUCGAUUAACCGUCUCUAUAAUAUCAAGAGUGGAGAAGAUAAUACCCCAAGAACAGCUCUCGGCCCUCGCCGAUCUCAUCCAGCCCUAUGUGGAACACCCAUCCAUCAAUGAGCAGAUUAAACGGACCAUCUCUGAUGAUCUAAAACAAUAUUUGUUGCUAUAA